AUGGCGCUCACAGAUGAGAAUCGAAGGACCUUCUUGGCACAGAAUGUUAGUGCCGACUUGGUUUAUCUUUGGGAGGAGCUGAAUGUCUCUCUGCUACACCAGUACGAGUUGGGGCAGAAUUACCGUUCCAUGGUCAGGUUCGCUGCACUGGCCGACACACGGGCUGGUGCGAGAGCUGCUUUCGCCAGUGAUGUAACGGUGGAUCCGGACAAUGCGGCCGGCCGGGCGGCUCUGGCAGGACUGGUUGCUGCCUGGCAAUCCGCUCUGGACACCACGGAGCAGGAGAGAAAGCUCAAGGCAGAGGCACACGUUUUGGGGUUGCCAAAACCCCUUCCAGCCAAUGAUCGUCUGGCCAUGCGUGUGGCUCUUGAAGCUUCUUUAGGAUCCUUGGAAGAUCGUGAAGAACCUAGCUCAACUUACCUGGCAUUGAAAAUGGAGGAGGUUGAGGCUGGAGAAAUCAAGGCUUCGCUCUUGGAUGAAGUUACUUGUACGGUGGAUGAAGUGAACGCUAACUUCCAGUCGUCCGUGGACUCCUCCGGCAGGUUGCGCCUCACUAAGGAGCGCAAGAAGGCCAAGCUACCGACCGGGUCUGAAGAGCUCCGUCAGAGGCUUCGAGUGGAGGCUCACACAUUUCUGAUGCUUGCCGCACGCUUUCGCAACAAAGCAUGGUUUCAGGGCUUGAGCUCCAAGGAUUUUCUUCUGCAUGUUGACUACGUACUGGGCGACAAGAUCUACUUGUUGCAGACAGUACGUCCUGAAGGGGGUCCCGCUAUGUCUUGGGCGAAUCCUUCUUGGCAACUUGUACUUAACUACGAACAUCGCUUGAGAAAGGAGGCUUACAAGCAGGCCAGCCGAAACAAUCGAUCCUUGACCGACACACUCAAGGAGGCCAGGGACAACGCCAUGCUCAAAGAGACCUAUUUCGUCGGGCCCUUGGCCAUGGAGAUGGCUUCGCGUGCAUCGUUCUCAGCCGGGCCGCCUGCAAAGUUUCAGAAGAUUGAUGGGGCGCCGCCGCCGCCAACCCCUGAUCCUAGCUGGGACCGUGAUCGCAAAGGGAAGGGGAAGGGCAAGGGCAAGUUUCUUGGUAAGCCUUCCAAGAAUGGCUUCGUCUUCCGCAAGACUCCUGACGGUCGCGAAAUCUGCUAUGGCUACAACAAUGGGUCUUGUUCUUCUUGGGAAGAGUGGAAUUCAGUGUCUGGGAUUGCUUCCCGAACUUACAGAUUCUUGUAUCUCUUCGCUGGGCCUUCUCGCCAUUCGGAUGUGAAGAGCUACCUCGUGGAGCUUUCCCGGAAGCAUGAUAUCAACCUUUUCGGACUGGAGAUUGAUCUCACUCGCAGUACAGAGCAUGAUCUUCGGUCAACAAGUUUGUGGGCCACGCUGUCCGAGCUUCUUAAGGAAGCCGAUGCCGUUGUGCUGGCCCCUCCUUGCAACACCUUUUCGAGGGCGAGGGCGCGCUGGAGAAUAUCUCCGGGGCCACCGCCCUUACGUUCACUUGAGUACCUGCAUGGCUUUCCUUGGUUGUCUGAUUCCAACAGAAAUCUUGUUGAGGAUGCCAACUUCCUUGUUUCAAAGUCCUUUGAGUUUUGCCAGCUUUGUGUCGAGGCUGGCGUAGCCUUCAUCAUUGAGCACCCAGAACAGUUGGGAAAGGUGCAGCACAUGAUUCCUGGGUCCAUUUGGGACAUGGACGAUAGCAAGCAUCUGCUCUUGUUCGAAGGCGUGGAAACCUUCGCUUUCUUCCAGUGCCAGUGGGGCGAUGCUCUCAGUAAGAAGCCCACCCGGUUUAUGGCUUUCCAUGUUCACUGGGACUCUUUCACCUUCUUUCCUGGUGCUCAUCGUCUGGCUUCGGAUGGCUCAUAUGCAGGACCUCUUCCUCGCCACUGUGGGCAUGUACAUGAACCUCUUCUUGGAAAGGAUUCCGACGGUGAUUGGAAAACUUCGCGAUCUGCUGCCUAUCCUCCUAAUAUGUGCCAUUGGCUGGCCGCCAGCUUGCUUGGUCUUCGCGUUGGGGGGGGUUCUGCAGCAAGUGGCGCCCGCAUGACGACCUCCCAAAAUCUAGCUGCUGCUGUUUUGCAGCCUCCGGAGCUUUUUGAUUGGCAAUGGGCUCCCUGGUCCUUGGCAAAGGUGGCACUCCUAGGGGAGCCCUCAUGUUCCUUGGAGAGCAAGUCUCGGGAGAUCGCCAUGUCUGGUAGAAUUUCUCAGGCCGACAUGUUUGCCCUUUGCGACCUGAUCACCGACGAGGAGACAGGCCGAGGACGCAGGCCAGGGGAGUUGCCUACGGAGAAACUCUUUACCAGCGGGGCUUACGUUCAUGGCGGUGUCUGUGGCUUGCGCAAGCACUGCCGGGCCUCUCCUUGGACAACCGCCCUGCUGGCUUGCAUCAUCAACUGCGUUUGUCCUGGCUCUAAGUUCACUUCUGUCUUGCUGGGCAGGGACAUAAAGACGGGGCCCCAUAGGGAUGAGAACAACGAACCUGGCAGCCACAACAUCGUAGUCAAGGCUGCUUCCUUCUCGAGGGGCGGCCUGCUGCUGGAGGACGAGACUGGUGACCAGGAGAUGAUCGUGAAUGGUCAGCUCCGGCAGUUCAGGGUGUUGGGGUUUGUUGAUGGGUUCCUAAGGUUCGACCCUUCGCUCUGGCAUGCUACCGAGGACUGGGAAGGCACUCGAAUCGUGGUCAUCGGUUUCUCGAUCAGGGAUCCGCUUAAGCUUAAGUCCGAGGAUCGAAUUUACUUGGAACGGCUUCUAGGUGAUGAGGAUCAUGGGGACACGGGGCCUACACGCUCUACUUCUUCAAAGGUCAAGUCCCCCGACAUUGAAUACCCAUUUCACGGCUACAUGGAGGCCGCGAGGAGCUACAACUACGGGGACCCACUCACGGUUAGCUGGCGAGGUCUACAUCAAUCCAUGUGUGACGGUUGCGGACUGAACAGUCCCGGAAGGUGGCGACCGGGGUCCCGAGGCCUGGGACUCCCUUGGGAGGCGAGUGAUCUUGCGCAGAGGAUUCACGGACUGCUUUUGAGGUUCGUCUCGGAGAACAUUGAUGACACCAAGAAGGCUUUCUUCCGUUUGGCUCUGGGCAGGAUGACUUCGGCCCCCUUCAGUCCGGAAAGCAUGGAGCACUUGCGUGAUGAGUGGUUUCGGCUGCUUCCUGACUCCAAGGCCGCCUCUAAGGUGGCGGAGGGCCAACCAUUCUACUUGGAGGCGCUUUCGCAGACUAGUCGGCUUCUUGGGGAUGAGGACUGGGGGAUUCUGACGAGGGAUCCGGAGAACUACGCUUCGGGGCGCAAAGUGGGCGUCGACUCACCCUUCCCGAGGGUCCCUCUGGUGUUCCGGCCGAAGAAGAAGUGGAGAGACUAUGAUGAUUCACCUUAUCAGGCGAUCAACGCUAACUACUCCUCUGCAGCUCUGGUUCCGGAUCAGUUGGAGGCACAGUUCGAGGAAGAAGAAGCUCUUGGUAUGAUGUUUCCUUUGAGCGAGGCUGAGGCACGGAAAAGGUUUGGAGACAAGCUACAUGUGGCGUCCUUAGGAGCCAUCAUGAAGGACGAUGGCACGGUCCGAACCAUCUUUGACGGUACCCACUCCGUGAAGCUUAACAAUCGGAUUCGCAUUGAUGAUCACUUAGAAUUCCCUGGACCAUCCUGCGUGGGACGUGCCAUGGAGGAGAUGGAGGACGAUGGUUAUCAUCUGCUGAUUGGGGUGGCCGCGGAUGUGGCUAAGGGCCACCGAAGGUACAAACAUCGCUCGGAGGACCAUGGCUACCUCGGCUGUAGGGCGCGCGAGGAUGGUCCCAUUUGGUUCAACCGGGUAGGGACCUUUGGCAUGGCAUGCGCUGCUUAUCACUUCGCCAGACUUGUUGGGCUCAUUGGGAGGUGUGCACUGACAGUUCUGAUGACGAGCCCGCUGUUCCAGUUUCUCUUCGCUGAUGACUUGAAGUUCUUCAGUGGGGGUCCCCGUAAGUAUGAUCAUGUCUGGACCAUUCUGGUUUUCUGGCUCAUGGUUGGGACACCUUUCAAGUGGAGCAAGUUUCGUGGAGGGGUGCAACUUGAUUACGUGGGAUUCGCCUUUGACUACUUCCGCUUCUCCAUGGGUCUUUCGGAACGGAGGGCGAACUGGAUCAUCGAGUACGUGAAUGCUGCUCGACGUGACCGUGGUUUGCUCGACCAUCGGAGGUUCGUGGAGUUUGUGGGCCGUCUGGUGUACGCUGGCCAGGUCCUUUACUGGCUUAGGCCAUUUAUGGCUCCAUUGCAUCGCUGGAAGGGUGCUCAGGUUCCGGGCACGGUCGCAGUUGCGCCAAGGCUUGUGAUGAUCACUCUGGAGUACAUUCGCUCGAUGCUUCUUGAGGGCCACGCUCAGGUUUCAUGUCGGGGUGCACGCCCAGCCGAAGCUGAGUCCUUUCGCACGGAUGCCAAGGCGGCCGAGGACUUUUAUGUUCUGGGAGGUUGGGAGACUUGCCACUCUCUUGAUCCUGGGCGCGCUAGGUGGUUCUCUCUUAAGGUGCAUGCGCAAGAGAUACCGGCCCUUUUCAAUGACCGCGGCACCGCUGAGGGAAUGAGCACUGUGGCGGAGCUGUUGGCCACCCUUGUGGCUUUACACGCAUUUGGCUGGCUAGAGACUAGAGGACGAUGCUUUUCAGUAUCGGCUGGCACGGAUAACAUGGCUAAUGAAACCGUGACGGCCAAGAAUAGCACCUUGAAGUUUCCGCUGGCGUAUGUGCAGAUGCAGUUGUCUCAUUCUUUGUAUAAAUGUGGAGGUCACUUGAAGCUCAAUUGGAGGCCGCGUGAAGUUAACACCAUCGCGGACGACUUGACAAACGAAUCGUUUGGAGCUUUUGAUCCCAAUCUCCGCAUCCUCGUCCGUUUGAAGGAUUGUGAUCUUAGCUUGCUCCGGAAGUUGUCUCAGCAUCAUGAUGAGGUCUCCAGCUGGAGUCAGAGGGGAGUAUGCAGUGCCCCAUCUUCUCUUCGCAAGCGGAAGGUUAAGUAUGACAAAACCAAGUGGGGCUGA